ACUCGCGAUCUCUCCUCAGCACAAUCCCGUGCGCGAGCGGCCGCGCUGCGGAGAACUUCCUCCCAAAAGAAUCGAACUCCAGUUCGAACGAACGAACGAACGAACGAACGAACUCGCUUCCGAACUCGAACCGCUAACGCCGUAAAGCUCAAUCCGAGGGGGAGAAUCCAGGGGGCGAUUUAGGGUUUCGAAGCUCGCGGCGGCCAUGAUGGAGGACGAGCAGGAGUACGAUCCGGCGUACGCCGAGGGGGAGGGGGAGGAGGACGACGACGAGAUCACGCAGGAGGACGCGUGGGCUGUCAUCUCGGCCUACUUCGAGGACAAGGGCCUGGUGCGGCAGCAGCUCGACUCCUUCGACGAGUUCAUCCAGAACACGAUGCAGGAGAUCGUGGACGAGUCCGCCGACAUCGAGAUUCGCCCCGAGUCGCAGCACAACCCCGGCCACCAGCCCGAUUUCGCCGAGACCAUAUAUAAAAUCAACUUUGGUCAAAUAUACUUGAGUAAGCCGAUGAUGACCGAGUCAGAUGGAGAAACGGCAACUUUAUUUCCCAAAGCUGCAAGGUUGAGAAAUCUGACGUACUCAGCUCCCUUGUAUGUUGAUGUUUCCAUGAGAGUUAUCAAGAAGGGACAUGAUGGUGAAGAACUCACUGAACCUCAGGACUUGCAAAAAGUUUUUAUUGGAAAGGUCCCUAUAAUGCUCCGAUCAAGCUAUUGCACAUUAUACCAGAAUUCAGAGAAGGAUUUGACUGAACUUGGAGAGUGUCCUUAUGACCAAGGUGGUUAUUUUAUCAUUAAUGGAAGUGAAAAGGUUUUAAUUGCUCAGGAGAAGAUGAGCACCAACCAUGUGUAUGUGUUCAAGAAGAGGCAGCCCAAUAAGUACGCCUAUGUUGCGGAAGUUCGGUCAAUGGCUGAAUCUCAAAAUAGGCCACCCAGCACAAUGUUUGUCCGCAUGCUUUCUCGCACAAGUGCCAAAGGGGGAUCUUCAGGGCAGUAUAUCCGGGCGACUCUUCCGUAUAUUCGGACAGAGAUCCCUAUAAUAAUUGUGUUUCGAGCUCUGGGUUUUGUUGCUGACAAGGACAUACUGGAGCAUAUAUGUUAUGACUUCUCUGAUACUAAAAUGAUGGAGUUGCUUCGUCCUUCUCUUGAGGAAGCAUUUGUAAUACAAAAUCAACAGGUUGCUCUAGACUACAUUGGUAAGCGGAGCGACAGUUGGUGUGACUCGAGAAAACGUAUAAAGUAUGCCAAAGAAAUCCUUCAGAAAGAAAUGCUUCCACAUGUUGGUGUUGAAGAGUAUUGCGAGACAAAAACUUAUUACUUUGGAUACAUCAUCCAUCGGCUUCUUUUAUGUGCUCUUGGUCGAAGGCCAGAAGAUGACCGUGAUCACUAUGGCAACAAGAGGCUAGAUCUUGCUGGACCUUUACUUGGAGGCUUGUUCAGAAUGCUUUUUAGAAAAUUGACAAGGGAUGUUAGGGGAUAUGUGCAGAAGUGUGUUGACAAUGGAAAGGAUGUCAACCUCCAAUUUGCAAUAAAAGCAAAAACCAUAACUAGUGGUCUUAAGUACUCGCUUGCCACGGGGAACUGGGGACAAGCCAAUGCUGCUGGAACAAGAGCUGGAGUGUCACAGGUGCUGAAUCGGUUAACAUAUGCUUCGACGUUGUCACAUCUGAGAAGACUAAAUUCACCAAUAGGACGUGAAGGUAAAGUAAAUUGGCAAAAGCCACGACAGCUGCACAACCCGCAAUGGGGAAUGAUGUGUCCAGCCGAGACUCCUGAGGGACAAGCUUAUGGACUGGUGAAGAAUCUUGCUUUGAUGGUCUAUAUUACAGUCGGGUCAGCAGCAUAUCCCAUAUUGGAAUUUUUGGAAGAAUGGGGCACGGAGAAUUUUGAGGAAAUUUCUCCUGUGGUUAUUCCUCAAGCGAUUAAAAUUUUUGUCAAUGGUUGCUGGGUUGGCAUCCAUCGUGAUCCUGAUAUGUUGGUGAAAGCGUUACGACGGUUGAGGAGAAGGGUUGAUGUCAAUACUGAAGUUGGGGUUGUCAGAGAUAUCAGAUUGAAGGAACUGAGGAUAUACACUGAUUAUGGACGGUGUAGUCGUCCACUGUUUAUAGUUGAGAAACAGAGACUUCUAAUAAAGAAGCAGCAUAUACAUGCAUUGCAACUGAGAGAAGGGAGCCCGGACGAUGUGGGGUGGCAUGAGUUAGUGGCUAAGGGAUUCAUAGAGUAUAUCGACACUGAGGAAGAAGAAACUACUAUGAUUUCCAUGACCAUUAAUGACCUUGUGCAAGCACGGCUUAACCCUGAGGAGGCAUAUUCAGAAACUUACACCCACUGUGAAAUCCAUCCAUCAUUGAUCCUAGGUGUUUGUGCUUCAAUCAUACCGUUCCCUGACCAUAACCAGUCUCCACGUAAUACGUAUCAAUCAGCAAUGGGAAAGCAAGCCAUGGGAAUUUACGUCACCAACUACCAAUUUCGGAUGGAUACAUUGGCAUAUGUGCUAUACUACCCUCAAAAGCCUCUUGUUACUACACGAGCUAUGGAGCACCUUCACUUCAGGCAGCUCCCUGCUGGCAUUAAUGCCAUUGUCGCCAUUGCUUGCUAUUCUGGGUACAAUCAAGAAGAUUCCGUCAUUAUGAACCAGUCAUCAAUAGAUCGUGGAUUUUUCCGAUCUCUGUUUUUCCGAUCAUACAGGGAUGAGGAGAAAAAGAUGGGGACUCUGGUCAAAGAGGAUUUCGGUCGUCCUGACAGAGCCAAUACAAUGGGCAUGAGGCAUGGCUCCUAUGAUAAAUUGGACGAUGAUGGCCUUGCCCCUCCUGGAACGAGGGUUUCAGGUGAAGAUGUCAUUAUUGGAAAAACAACUCCAAUCGCACAAGAUGAUGCUCAGGGACAAGCCUCCCGUUAUUCAAGGCGCGAUCACAGCAUAAGUUUACGGCACAGUGAGACUGGGAUAGUUGAUCAGGUUCUGCUGACGACAAAUGCUGAUGGCUUGAGAUUUGUCAAAGUAAGAGUGAGAUCUGUUCGAAUACCUCAAAUUGGGGAUAAAUUUAGCAGUAGGCAUGCAAAAGGAACAGUGGGCAUGACAUACACGCAAGAAGACAUGCCUUGGACUGUGGAAGGCAUUACACCUGAUAUAGUCGUGAACCCACAUGCUAUUCCCUCUCGCAUGACAAUUGGGCAGCUUAUUGAGUGUAUCAUGGGCAAGGUUGCUGCCCACAUGGGAAAGGAAGGAGAUGCUACUCCAUUCACAGAUGUGACUGUGGAUAACAUCAGCAAAGCGCUUCAUAAAUGUGGGUAUCAGAUGCGAGGAUUCGAGACAAUGUAUAAUGGUCACACUGGCCGGCGGCUCACUGCUAUGAUUUUCCUGGGUCCAACAUAUUAUCAGAGACUCAAGCACAUGGUGGAUGAUAAGAUCCAUUCCCGUGGUCGGGGUCCUGUGCAAAUUCUUACAAGGCAGCCUGCCGAGGGACGAUCUCGAGAUGGUGGUCUCCGAUUUGGAGAGAUGGAAAGAGAUUGCAUGAUUGCUCAUGGAGCCGCUCAUUUUCUCAAGGAGAGGUUGUUUGACCAAAGUGAUGCGUAUAGAGUCCAUGUGUGUGAACGCUGUGGAUUGAUUGCCAUUGCAAACCUGAAGAAGAAUUCUUUUGAGUGCAGAGGUUGCAAAAACAAAACCGACAUUGUUCAGGUUCACAUUCCUUAUGCUUGUAAAUUGCUCUUCCAAGAGCUUAUGUCCAUGGCCAUAGCACCUAGAAUGCUCACCAAGGAUAUCAAACCAGCAAAGGACCAGAAGAAAAAGGGUGCUUGAACUCGGGUAGUCGAGAUUCCAUUUGGUUCGAUUGGUUGAGCGCUGCUGUUUCGUAUGGCCUUGUACUUAUAAGUGUCAACCAUCUAAGUAUCGGUAAUGAGGGACUCGGUUCUUCUCGGUAAAGGACAUGUCCCUGCGAUGUAAGGCAUCAGUGUUCAGCUUAAAGUAAAUUCUUGUUUGUUUGUCCAAAGGACCGAAAUUUUACCUAGCAAAAGAAAUUGUAUGUUUAGUUAAAUCAAUUUGCCGAGUGAAGGCAAGAUAUCCCUUGUAUUCGAGCCUCGAUAAUUCUCGGUGCAAAAACCAAUUUUAAUUUUAA